CCAAAAACAUGUUUUUGACUAUCAAACCAGAAAAGGAAAUGUCGUGGUUAUCACCAAUUCUAAAAGGCGAAGACUUGAAAGUAAAGGCGAAAAGUCUUAAUUUUAUGACCAAACCUCUGGCUGUGAAUACCAAGGCUUUCGGGACUUCCUGA